CCAGUGUGUAAGACGCAUGAUCAACUUCUUCCUCAUCCUCACCUUUUUAAAUACAGUGACAACUGAAACCAUCACACAUAUUAAUUCCCAUCUCUAAAAUGGAAUCUCUAUGGUUCAUAAUAAUCGUAAUCACACUCUCCUUAUGUGCAAGUCUAUUUAAUCUUCUUCAUAAAACUCCCAAUAGAUUACCACCUGGUCCUGUUUCAAUCCCCUUUGUAACAAGUUUCCAAUGGCUUAGGAAACCACGCGAAGCUUUAGAACCAACUCUCAGAAGUCUCAAAGAAAAAUAUGGACCAAUCAUAACUUUAUCAAUUGGUCAUCAGAAAUCAAUUUUCAUUACAAACUCAAGUUUAGCUCAUCAAGCCUUGAUUCAACAUGGAGCAAUUUUUGGUGACCGUCCACCAGCAUCAGAGACAACCAAAAUUGCUUCAAGUAAUCAACAUACUAUAAAUGAUGCUUCUUAUGGUCCAUUAUGGAGAUUACUUCGGAAAAAUCUUAUGCUUCAGAUUCAUCAUCCAUCAAAGAUCAAAUCAUUUUCACCGGCUCGAAAAUGGGUAUUGAAUAUAAUCAAGUCAAGUAUUAAAAAAGAAUCUAAUUCAGGGAAAAACCCUGUUCUUGUGGUUGAUCAUCUUCAAUUUGGUAUGUUUUGUUUACUUGUUUUUAUGUGUUUUGGAGAAAAACUUGAUGACGAAAAAAUUAGACAAGUUGAAUAUGUGCAGAGAAAUUUCUUAUUGGGGUUUACUACAUCUGAGAUUCUAAACUUUAUUCCAAAAUUAGGAAAAAUUAUUUUCAAGAAAAAAUGGGGAGAUUUUUCUAAGUUGAGAAGUGAUCAAGAAGAGGUACUAAUUCCUUUAAUUAGAUCAAGACAAGAACAAAUGAAGACAAGUACUGGUGAAAUUCAUGAUGAGAAAUCUUCCUUAGGGUUCUGGUAUGUUGAUUCAUUAUUGAAUCUUGAAUUACCUGAUGAAGGUGGAAGAAAACUGACUGAAAGUGAAAUAGUCAGUUUGUGUUCGGAGUUUUUUGAUGCAGGUACUGAUACUACAUCAACAGCUUUACAAUGGAUUCUGGCUAAUUUAGUGAAGUACCAAGAUAUUCAAUCCAAACUAUAUGAUGAAAUCAGAAAAAUAUCUCAUGAUUGUGAUGAUGAUGAGAUACAAGAAGAAGAUUUGAAGAAACUGCCAUAUUUGAAAGCUGUAAUUCUCGAGGGACUAAGAAGACAUCCACCUGGCCAUUUUGUUCUAAAUCAUGCAGUUACUCAAGAUGUAGGGUUAGAUGGAUAUGUUGUACCAAAAGAAGCUAUGGUGAAUUUCAUGGUAGCAGAAAUUGGGUGGGACCCAAGAAUAUGGGGGGAAGAUUCAAUGAUUUUUAAACCUGAGAGAUUUUUGAAUGAAGAUGAUGGUAGUUUGAAUGAAGAAAUGUCAGAUGUAACAGGUAAUAAAGCGAUUAAGAUGAUACCAUUUGGAGCUGGUAGAAGAAUGUGUCCUGCUUCUGGUUUGGCAGUGCUUCAUCUCGAGUGUUUUGUUGCUAAUCUCAUCAAGGAAUUCAAGUGGACAUCUAAAGCAGGAGAUGAUAUAGAUUUGACGGAGAAAAGAGAGUUUACAACGGUCAUGAAGAAUCCAUUGUGAGCUCAUAUUUCUCCUAAGGCAACAAGAUUAGCCUUCAUGACCAAGUACACUCACAGGACGCAUUGCACUGAGGUUCGUUGUUGCAUAUCCGGUGGAAAUAUCCGUUGAUAACCUAAUUAAUAAAUCUGAUUUCAUAUCGAUCAUUAAAGUUGUAGUAAUUUAUUAUUACUAUUUGAUUGAAAAUUUGGU